CGGGGCGGGGGAAAGAUGGCGACAGCAGCGGUGGCGGGUGCCCUGGGCCUGCUGUGGGACUGGCUGUGGAAUGAACGCUUCUGGCUGCCCCAGAAUGUGAGCUGGGCCGACUUGGAGAAGCCCGGCAUGGGCAGCUUCCCCCGGGCCCGCCACGUCCUCUUCGCGUUUCCGCUGGCAGCCGGCAUCUUCUCCGUACGCCUGCUCUUCGAGCGGUUUAUUGCUAAGCCAUGUGCAAUUCAUCUUGGCAUCCAGGAGAGUGUUCCUCACCAGGCGCCACCCAAUGCCAUCCUUGAGAAGGUGUACACAUCCAUCACAAAGUGUCCUGAUGGGAAAAGGCUAGAAGGUCUCUCAAAGCAGCUGGAUUGGGAUGUCCGAAAAAUCCAAGGCUGGUUCCGCCAUCGGAGAAACCAAGACAAGCCCCCAACACUCACAAAAUUCUGUGAGAGCAUGUGGAGGUUCACUUUUUAUUUAUGUAUAUUUUGCUAUGGGAUCCGGUUUCUCUGGUCGUCACCUUGGUUCUGGGACACCCGACAGUGCUGGCACAGUUACCCCUAUCAGCCUCUCACAUCUGGCCUUUACUACUACUAUAUCAUGGAACUGGCCUUUUAUUGGUCUCUUAUGUUUUCUCAAUUUAUAGACAUUAAGCGAAAGGAUUUCCUGAUUAUGUUUGUGCAUCACCUGGCCACCAUUGGGCUCAUCACCUUCUCCUACAUCAAUAACAUGGUGCGAGUGGGAACACUGGUCAUGUGCUUACAUGAUUCCUCGGACUUUCUACUCGAGGCAGCCAAGUUGGCCAACUAUGCCAAGUAUCAGAAGCUUUGUGACGCAUUGUUUGUGGUGUUCAGUGUAAUUUUUGUGAUCACUCGCCUUGGUUUCUAUCCAUUCUGGGUCCUGAACACAACCUUGUUUGAGAGUUGGGAGAUCAUUGGACCUUAUUCUUCCUGGUGGCUCUUCAACAGCCUUCUCCUGAUCCUACAGGUUCUACACAUCGUCUGGUCCUACCUAAUUGCUCAAAUUGCUUGCAAGGCCCUGGUUCGAGGAAAGGUAUCAAAGGAUGACCGUAGUGAUGUGGAAAGCAGUUCAGAAGAGGAAGAUGUCCCUACUGGCAAUAGAAAAUGUCCCUAUGAUGGCAGUUCCAGCAAUGGUGCCAACCAAGUCAAUGGCCACAUGAGAAACAAUUGCUGGGCAGAAGAGUAGGGUGGGCUGACGUGGUGACUCCAGGACACAUGAACUUUCAGGGUCACUGGCAACCUGCUUCCCAUCUGUUUCCCUAUCCAUAGCCCCACUCUUUUGUGGCCAUAAGGACCCACCAGGCACUGAAGAGGGGGAAAAAAAAAAAAAAAAAAAAGAAGCAAACAUUUUCACUUUUUAAAAACCUCUGCCGUUUUGUAUUUAAUAACUUUGUCAGUAAUGUUAUUUGCUUUGUGUGUGUGUGUGUGUGUAUGUGUGUGUGUGUAUAUGUGUGUGUGUGUAAAUACAUACACACAUACGUAUUUGAUAUGGUGAGUUGGGGCACAAUUCUGGACUGGACUUCCUGAGCUAUGCCGUGCCCCUUCAUCCCCAACUUCAAGUUGUGGCUGCAUUCCUGGAUCACCAUUCCCACCUUCAUUGUUGCUUAUGGCUCUGGCCCCUUGGACUCUGAACAGAGCAGCCAAUCUCAGCCCAUUUUCUGCAUUGGAGCCAGGAGGCAGCAUGUGAUGUUACAUUGGACAGACCAACUCUAGAUGGAUGGCCAGGGUUUGCUGUGGCCCUUAGCUGGACUCUUUCUCUAAUAACCUCCCUCUUCUCCCUUCCUACAGCUGCUGCUGAUAUCCUGCUCAUUACUCAAUGGUACUUGGGGAUGGGCUGAUGUUGAGGGAGGGCAGCAGCCACUGGGGGAGCUGUUACCAUUUUAUACCAUUGUUUACUCUUCUGUGAUUAAAAGUGCUUCUUCAGUC